UUUGCAGCUUAGGUGAUGACGGCUGUAUGUAAGCAAGUGGUAUAGGCGAACGAGAGAGAGGAUCAUUGGCAUUCAAUUGCUUUCCCUUUUAAUCUCCUUUAUUCAAUCUUUACAAAAGCAGAAGGGUAAGGGUUUUUCAUCUGUUUUGGUUCGAGGGUUUCUUUUUUGUUUUUUGUUUUUACCCAUAUAUCUCUCUCUAUGUGCUCUCCCCCACCGCAGCAGGCUGGGGGCUUCCACCGUCCAAUGUCUCUUUUCCAAUCCGCCGCCGUUGAUCAACUCUCCAACGGCUACGAUCACCGCCUUUCCUCUAAGCGUAAGUUUGACGAUUAUGCCUUUUCUUUCGACGAGGAGGAUCCUUUAGUCCCCGUCAGGAUGCGAAAAGACGAUCAUACCCAUCAAGGCGCUUCUCCGAUUACGGCCGUUCAUCACUCGUCCAAAGCGCCCGCUUCCUCUUUCCCGGCCUCCCUCGUCAAUUCUCUCCCUUCCUCCUCCGAUGUUCCGUCCUCCUCCUCCUCGUGUUCCUCUUCCCGCCUCCAAUUCUUCAUCCGGAUGAUCUCCGAAGGCAACACCAUUGUCGUCCAGGCUAAUUCGGAGGACACCGUGAAAUCCCUACACGAAAGGAUUCAGGUGAUGACCGGAAUUCCGGUGAUGGAACAGCGUUUAAUUUAUCGCGGGAAACAACUCCAGUGGGAGCAAUCCCUAGCUGAUUGUUCCAUCCAAAACGACGCCGGACUCCAACUCGUUGGCCGUAUGCGGUCGACGGACCACCCACAAACCUGGCAGGUCAUGGACGACAUGAUCUCCGUUAUUUGCCGCCUUUGCCGAGGAGAAACACCCUCUUCCCCGACCAAACACAUCAAAGACUGCCUGACCAACUUUUUUACAAUUGCUCCAAAGGACAAUAAUGACUCCGGCCCUGCUCACUUGCAGAUAUUUAUGGCAUCUUCGGCUCCUGCCGCUUUGGUAAUGCUUUAUAUGUCUCCUAUUAAAAAGAAUAAGAUGUGUGCUGAUGAUUCAAUAAGACAUAUAUUAACUCAAUAUAGGAGUGCAUUACCAAAACAUUUGCAUUCUUAUUGUGCACCUAUACUAUUAGAGUUCUGCAAGCUACUAAGGAAGGUUGUUAACGAAGAUAGUUUGUAUGAGGCGUGCCGGAGUGCACUUGGGAUGUUGUUGGAAAGUGUUGGCACUUCCAGGGGUUUAAUGCUGCCAGAGGUUAAAGGGUUGAUUGUCAUACAAGAUAUUUUCCCCUUUGUUAGUGAGUUGGCUGAUAAGAUAUCUAAGAACUUGGAAUCCAGUGUAGAUUCUACCAGUAGUGGGGAACCAUUAUCGAGUGAUGUGAGGGAUUUCACAGCAUUCUUGAACCCUUUGCGGUCUACCAUUCUUGAGAGAGUGGCGUUCCGGAUUCCCAUAUCAGUUAAGUGGAAAAAGAAGGAUAAUAGCAAUCCUUCUUAUGGGGAAGCAGUUGAGUUUCUUCAUACUAUAUUUAAUGAUUUGUUGGGUAAAAUGGAAAAUUGCCUUAUCAGAGUGGAGGAAAACUUAACCGCAACGGGAAGCAGUGAAGGUGAAUAUCUUAGUUCAGAGUGGUCUCAGUAUCUUGCCAUUUUGAAGGAACUGAAUGGCAUCUCAAAACUUUAUCAGGGAGCUGAAGAGCAGUUUUGGAUGCUUUUGAGGAAUAGAAAAUCUUCAUUAUGUGCCUUAAUUAUUAGGUUUGCAAAGCGAAAUGAAGAUAACCGGUGGCUACUUGAGCACAAGGAUGUCACUGAUUUUGAAUCCAGAAGGCAUUUGGCCAUGAUGAUGUUUCCUGAGGUAAAAGAAGAUUACGAGGAAUUACAUGAGAUGCUCAUUGACAGGUCUCAGUUAUUGUCAGAAUCAUUUGAGUACAUUGCUCAUGCCGACCCUGAAUCACUGCAUGCUGGUCUAUUCAUGGAAUUUAAAAAUGAAGAAGCUACUGGCCCUGGUGUAUUGAGGGAGUGGUUUUUCUUGGUAUGCCAAGCUAUAUUCAAUCCAGAGAAUGCCCUUUUCGUGCCUUGCUCAAAUGAUCGUAGACGAUUUUUUCCUAAUCCUGCAUCUAGAGUGGAUCCUUUGCACCUUGAAUAUUUCAGAUUUGCUGGCCGUGUGAUUGCAUUAGCAUUGAUGCAUAAAGUGCAAGUGGGUGUUGUGUUUGAUCGUGUUUUUUUCCAACAAUUGGCGGGAAUGCAUAUCUCUUUGGAAGAUAUACGAGAGACAGAUCCAUGCUUGUAUAGCAGCUGCAAGAAGAUUCUGGAGAUGGAUGCUGAGUUUAUUGAUUCAGAUGCUUUGGGAUUGACAUUUGUUAGAGAAGUUGAGGAGUUAGGAUCCAGGAGACUUGUUGAGCUGGUUGCUGGUGGGAAAAACAUUGUUGUAAAUAGCAAGAAUAGGCAGGAAUAUGUUAAUCUUCUUAUUCGGGAUCGAUUUGUAACGUCCAUUUCUGAACAGGUAGACCAUUUUUCCCAAGGUUUUGGCCAUAUUCUUUCUAACUCAAGGCUCCAGAAGUUCUUUUUUCAAAGUUUAGAGCUCGAGGACCUUGAUUGGAUGCUAUAUGGAAGUGAAAGUCCCAUUUGUAUUGAAGACUGGAAGGCACAUACUGAGUACAAUGGCUACACAGAAAAUGAUCCUCAAAUAACCUGGUUCUGGGAGAUUGUUAGGGAAAUGUCAGCAGAGCAAAGAAAGGUACUUCUUUUCUUCUGGACCUCCUUGAAGCAUCUUCCGGUUGAAGGCUUCCGAGGUUUGGCCUCUCAGCUUUAUAUUUAUAAGUCCUCGGAGCCCCAUGAGCGUCUUCCUUCUUCUCAUACCUGCUUUUACCGGCUGUGUUUCCCACCAUAUACCUCCAGGGCUGAAAUGCAAAAACGGCUUAAUGUCGUUACUCAGGAACAUGUUGGCUGCAGCUUUGGUACCUGGUAGUAAAACAUGAAUCAUAUUUGCAUUUGGGGGUAAAAAGAAAGGGUUUUUGACACAGAAAAAUUGGCACUCAGCUUGUAUAGGUUAUAGGAUAAUAUCAUCUGCCUAAUCAUUUAGACAUAUGUAAGAAGGUGAAGUAGUUAAUUUGUGUUUUCCUUGAUGAGGUGUCAUUGCUUCUUCCCUAUUUGUUUAUAUUUUUGGGUUCUCUCUCUAGUGGAACAACUGUUUGUAUAGGUCUAGCAUAGCAUGAAUAAGGCAGGGGGCAAGAUGGAAGAAUUGCUCUCUUCCCUGGACUUCUUUGGCAUCAGCAUUCAUGUAAUUACACAGUUGGGCAAUGACAUCUAGACUCACAGAACAGCCUCUAAAUAGUGUUCUUUCUUUGCA